GGACAACGAUAACACACACGAAAAAUUAAACCAAACAUCUUAACAAUAAGCAAGAAAAUUCUAAAAAAAAUAUAUAUUAAAAAUACGUUUUUUGAAUACAUAACAAAAAUAAUAAAUUGGACAUAUUCAAGUUCAAGGGGCUUCGUAAAUUAUUAAGAUAACAUUAAAUAUAAACAAAAUGUUUCGCCGUGUUGUAACAAGAACUUUAGGAUUAGGUGGUAGACAAUUGAAAGUCUCACCCAAUAAUGUGAUUCUAAUUACAGGCUGUGACUCCGGAUUAGGCUUCUCGCUCGCCCUAUACUGUCAUGCCUUGAAUAUGACUGUAAUUUCGGCGUGUCACAAUGUCAACUCAGAAGGAGCGAAAAUGCUACAGCAUCUCAAUGAUCCAAAGCGUAUGAUAACAAUCGAAUUGGAUUUACUUAAACCGGAAACUAUAGAAAAUACACAACAAUGUCUUAGGGAUGUUCUGGCGAAUCACCAUGAUUAUCAAUUUACUGCUUUGGUUAACAAUGCCGGUGUCAUGUGUUUUGGAGAAUUUGAAUGGCAAACAUGGUCGCAGAUUGAAAUGCAAAUAAAUGUUAAUUUAUUGGGUACCAUGAGAUUAACAAGAGAAUUGAUGCCAUUGUUAAGAAAACAUCAGGCACGUAUUAUAAAUGUAACAAGUCAUUGUGGUCUACAGGCUCUGCCAUCUACCUCACCUUAUGCUGCUUCGAAAGCAGGUUUAAGAUUUUGGACCGAUUCAUUGCGCAUUGAAAUGCAAUCGUAUGGUGUAGAGGUGGUAAACUUUAUACCUGGUUCCUUUGUAAUGUCCAGUAAUAUAUGUGCUAGACAACAAGAUCAUGCUAAGCUAAUGUACAAUAAUUUUUCGUCAGAACAACGUGAAUUUUAUGGUGCCUACUUUAAACGUUUUAAUGAUUAUCUGAAUAUAAUUUCCGGUUUUAAACCGGCUAAUAGUAUGCAUGAUAAGGAGUUACUGGACAAAUUUAAAGACGCUUUAACCAAUACUCAGCCAAAGGCUAUGUAUAUUCACGAACCUUGGCGCUACAAAAUCUAUCGUUUUUUAUUUGCGAUUUGUCCUACGCCUGUAGUCGAUUGGUUAUGUAUUAAAUUUUGUGCAAUGCCAACUUAUCAGCAAGUUGAACGGGAUACAAAACAUCAUAGAAAUAAUAACAUCAGGAAUGAUUAAAUAAAAAGUGUGGUGUAAUAUUUUUAUAUAAUGUAUUUGCAAUUGGUAUAAAUAUUUAAUAGUUUAGUUGUAAAAUUAAAUUAGUUUAAUAAAAUGAUAAAUAAAAUAAGCAAUCAUU